CACAGAGCCAUCUAUUGAAGAAGAAGAAGAAGACCAUCGGCGAUGCGAGCGCGACACACAUAACAGCUGUGUACAACGAAGUCACUCCGAAAAAUCAAAAACCGUCCUUCUGUACGUAAAGGGAAACAUGUUUGAUAGGUGGCAAAACAAAUAAUGUUUCACGGCUAAGCCUGUGAGAUUGUACAGCUGUUCAAGAGUUCUGGGCUUCUCAGAUCCGUGAAUCACCCGUAUUACUUGUAGUGGUGAAGGUGCGAUGAAGUAAAGCCGAAGGAUGAUGAUGGGCGAACAAUUUCGUAGCAAAGUGGAGCAGUACUCGCCAAAGUCUUCACCGAGGGGUGCGCGCUCCCCAGUUGUAUCUCGUCAAGACUCCACGGGGACCCUGAAGACGACCAUUUCCUUGGGGAAGAACCCCUCCAUCGUCCACAGCGGACCUUUCUACUUGAUGAAGGAACCUCCUGGGGAAAGUGAACUUACUGGGGCAACAAAUUUGAUGGCCUAUUAUGGCCUAGAACAUUCCUACAGCAAGUUUAGUGGUAAAAAGCUUAAAGAGCAGUUAUCUUCCUUCUUGCCAAAUUUGCCUGGUAUUAUAGAUAGACCUGGACAUCAAGACAACAGCUCGCUAAGAUCGGUGAUAGAAAAACCACCUAUUGGUGGUAAAGAACUACUGCCUUUAACAAGUGUACAAUUAGCUGGUUUUCGAUUACAUCCUGGCCCUUUGCCAGAACAAUAUAGAUACGUAAAUCAAGCACCUCAGAGAAAACACAAGAAUAAGCAUAAGAAGCACAAACAUAAACCUGGAGAGGUACUUGGUGGACAGGAAGCCACAACGACAGAUGUUGGUGGUUCUGAUACGCACGAGAAGAAACAUAAGAAGCAGAAGAGACAUGAUGAAGAGAAGGAAGCCAGGAAAAAACGAAAGAAGGAAAAGAAGAGGAAAAAACAAAAACAUAGUCCUGAGCACACUGGUAGUCUUACACCAUCUCAGCAUUCCAACUCGUGAUCUCUAAUCUGCCCCUUUCAGUUUAUGCCAAAUUUUUAAUUGAACUGUAAAAGUGUAUGAACUUUCUUUGUUUCUAAAACCCACUUUAAACGGUCGAUAAUUUGUUACAAAAUUUGUAACCACUAUGUUGUUAAAAAAUUUUCACCAGUUAUAUAUGCAUAUGCAUAUGCAUGCAUAUAAAAAGGCUUAUAUAUCUGUUAAUGUAAUUUUCCAAUUUUUCAAUCGUUUUUGUUCUUUUAUUUUUACUUUCUUUUUCUGUUUUUUUUUUCUUUUUCUAAUAAAAAUCAAAUUAUGAAUCGUUUCAAGUGGACUCAAGAAAUAUUUAGUUUAGAACAUACAUACAGUAAGACACGCGAAAACAGCGAAAAUCAACCAUGUAUCUUUCAUUGUAUGUAUGUUCUAAAAUAUAUUCUCGUGUAUUUAUUUCUUUCACUUACGCAUAACAUGUAUCGUCCAUUUUCGGUAUUCGUAAUAUGACGAAAGAGGCAAAUUAUGAUGCAGAUUAUUAUGUAGAUAUAUACAUCACGUAAAGUAAUACGAUAAUUUCUUGUCAAUCUUUCUACAUUUGUGUAAUUGCAGUUUAAUCAACAUAUGUUUAGAAGUUAAUGAAGGAAAACAUGGCAAAGAGCUUUAAUUUUAGGAAAUUACUUGCUCAAUCUUUUUAUUGCUCUGUAUGCCAAAUGCAUAUUAUGUUUCUGUACGUUAUAGUAUGAAAGUAAAUAUAAAAUAAUUAAUUCGUUUAAGUUUGUCAAAUUUUGAUGCCAAAUAGAUAGGGCAUUUAAUUUAACAAAUUAAACAUUAUAUGUUCGACUCUUGGCAAGUUUUACAGUAUAUGCAAGGUUUGACAUUUGUAAUUAUUCAAAAAUUCAAUUUGUAUAGUUUCUUCUACUUAUAUGCUUAAUCCUUCCUCAAAUGUCUCAUCUUUGUUAUGGCUCUUUACGAACCUUGUGAAAAAGUAAUUAGUAGAAAAAAUGUAAAAUAUAAAUGUGUAAUAUAGUAGUUAUGCACAGGAUGCAUCUCGCAGACUCAACUGCAUGUUUAUACCGGCGUAUUGUAAUAACGAAUAAACAAAAAUGUAAAUAUUCUUAUUAAUGGAAGACUGUGAAACAAAGAAAUAGAGUGAGUGAGAGAAAAAGAGAGAAAUCAGAUACUGCUAUUCUGUGUAAAGUGUUUCAGAGUGCGACAUAAAACCUGUACGUUUUAAAUCUGAUGUAUUGAGGAGUCUAUCGGCGCGGAGGGGAGAUGUCAAAGAUUUAAUUUUAAAUGUAGUAUUUAUAACGCGCAGAAAAAGAAGGAUAGAAUUAAAGCGAUCGAUUUCAACAGCAA